CCCACCCGCCUCCAGCAGAGGAUCGUGUGCCUUUCCUGUCCGCCUCCCUUCUCUGGCCUGCUGUUCCCUAACGAUCUUGCAAAGAUCGAGGCGCUCUGCGUAUGUUCAGAGGCACGCUCUAGCUUGGGGACGCGGUAGCUGCACCUUGAGGGAAGGGGAGCUGGUUUCUAGCCAGAGGAAGGCCCGAUGGAAGACGUUGACCUCUCCUUCCUUCUGGAAGCAGAGAGAGACAUGAUCCUCCAGGUCCUGCAGCGAGAUGAAGAUCUGCGGAAGGUGGAAGACCGGAGAAUCAGGCGUCUGAAGAAUGAACUGCUGGACAUCCGCCGGAAGGGAGCCAAGCGGGGCAGCCAGCGCUACAGCCCGCGGACGUGUGCCCGCUGUCAGACAAGCCUGGGACGGGUCAGCCCCAAAGCCAAUACCUGCCGCAGCUGCAACCACCUGGUUUGCCGGGACUGCCGUGCCUAUAGCCCCAGUGGCGCUUGGCGCUGCAAAGUCUGCACCAAGGAGGCGGAACUGAAGAAAUCAACAGGUGACUGGUUUUAUGACCAAAGAGUAAAUCGUUUUUCUAAUAAGCUGGGCAGUGAAAUUGUUCGGAUGUCUCUUCGGCGCAAACCACUGGCUAAUAAAAGAGAGACAGCAGGGCAAACUAUUCUUCAGAAGGCCCAGCUGGGUGACCCCAAGGACAGCCCCAAAGCAGGGCAAAAGAGCCCUCACCAGCAACGCAAGGAACCAAGCUUGGCCCUCGAGCAGGGAGAACACCGGGAUGCCAAGAGUGACACGGAGUCCACCGAGAACAUGAGCCUCGAGGGCUAUCGUCCUGCCUCCUCUCCCUCAGCUGCCAAGUCCAGCCCUCGCCAAGACAAGACAAAAACCAUCAGCCCUUCGGGAUCUACUGCCUCCAGCCUGACCCUUCCCAUCCGCUAUAGAGAGGCUCCUCCCACCUAUUCGGACACAGUAGAAUACACCAAAUCAGUGAUUGACUUGAGACCAGAGGAGCCUAUUGGCGAAAGUGGGGCUCUGGGGGACCGAAGCAAAUCCGUUCCGGGUCUCAACGUUGAAAUGAGUACUUUAGGAAGCAUGAUGAGCCUUUACAGUGAGGCCGGCGACUUUGGCAGCGUCUGUGUGACGGGAGAGAUUGCCUUCUCCCUGACCUACGAGGAGAAGACCCAGAUCUUGUUCAUCCACAUCAAGGAGUGCCGCCGCCUGGCGUACGCGGAUGAGGCCAAGAAGCGUUCCAACCCGUAUGUGAAGACGUAUCUCCUCCCUGACAAAUCCCGCCAAGGGAAGCGGAAAACCACAAUUAAACGGAACACAGUCAAUCCCUUAUACCACGAGCUCCUCAAGUACGAGAUCAACAGGUCCCUCCUUCAGAGCCGGACCUUGCAGUUCUCCGUCUGGCAUCAUGAUCGCUUUGGGCGAAAUACAUUCCUGGGAGAGGCGGAAGUCCCCAUGGAGUCCUGGAGCAUGGAGAGUCCCCUGGAAGAGAGCCUCCCCCUGCAUGGCAAGAACAUGGCAGACUCUUCUAGCAUUCCUGAAUACAAAGGCGAGUUGGUGGUUUCCUUGAAAUUCAUCCCGCCUGCCAAGCUUCCCAAUGCAGGAAAUGGGAAAAAAGGCAAAAAGGAAGAAGGAGGUGAGCUUCAAGUGUGGAUCAAAGAGGCCAAGAAUUUGACAGCAGUGAAAUCUGGUGGGACUUCUGACAGUUUUGUCAAAGGCUACCUGCUGCCUCUGAGGAACAAGGCCACCAAAAGGAAGACGCCCAUCGUGAAGAAAAGUCUGAACCCCCACUACAACCACACCUUCGUCUACAACAAUGUCAUUCCAGAACAGCUGCCCCACAUCUGCCUGGAGCUCACGGUAUGGGACCGGGAGCCGCUUUCCAGCAACGAGUUCUUGGGCGGAGUCCGGCUUGGAGUUGGAAAUGGAAUGAGCAGUGGCCAGAUGGUGGACUGGAUGGAUUCCACAGGCGAGGAGAUAAGCCUUUGGCAGAAGAUGUGCAAAUACCCAGGAUCCUGGGCAGAGGGGACCCUUCCCCUUCGUGCCACCAUGGCCAGGCCAAAGCCGUAACCCUGGUGCAGCCGCCUGCUUCAGAGGCAGAAUUGGGCUCAGGCUGCUGUGCUAGGAAGCUUUAGACAUCCUUUCACAGUCCAGUGGCUUCCAGAUGUGUUGAAUCACAACUCUCAUAAACUGGGUGUGUGAGAGGUGUGGUUCCAAUGCCUCUGGAGCCUCCUAGAUUAUGGGAUGCAAGGGAAGUGGGCGGAAGACUUCCUGGCCUCUGUAGCAACACGAUGGGCUUUGCAAUGGCCGUCGGAACGGGCUCACUUUAAAAGGAUCUUCUUGGCAGUCUGUUUUAUUGAAAGGGAUUCCUAGUUUUGUAACUUUAUUGGAAUUAUAUUCUGUGUCUGUCCUUUCCUGGGGGGGGAGUGUAACAAAGUGCCUUUUAAAACUUGUUUACUUGUCUUUAUGCAUCUUUUUUGUCUUAAGCCUCCUGCACCAGACUGCCUUCUUACAUUUUAUUCAUGUUUUUAUAUAUCAUUGCCUUCUGUUCUGCACUUGGGCAUCAGAAGGAGCAUUGAAAUAAAGUUCAAAUGUAAAGAGCCAGAA